AUGGCUGAGUUAGAAUCACAUCAGAGCAACAGAAUUUUAACUGAGGAGGAGAGAGAAAAAAAAGCCACACAUUUCAUGGAGUAUGAGGGGUGUUUGAAGAAUGAGGAAGUGGCCUGGAGACAGAGAUCAAGGGCUUGGUGGCUCAAGGAAGGGGAUAGGAAUAAAAAGUUUUUCCACCAAACAGCUAAUGCCCACAAGAGAUACAACCAUAUUGAUCAACUGGAAGUACAGGGAGAGACUAUAAUAGAGCCAGACAGAAUUAAGGAAGAAAUUAUUUCUUUCUACAAAAAGAUGUAUAUAGAACUUGAAGGUUGGAGACCCUCUGUAAAUAUCAGCAACCAUCCUACCAUUACAGAGGGUGAAAAUGAAGCAUUGCAGGCAGAUUUUGAGGAACAAGAAGUACUUGACUGUUUAAAAAUGUGUGCUAUAGACAAAGCCCCUGGUCCUGAUGCAUACACAAUGGGAUUCUUUCUAAAAUGUUGGGAGAUCAUUAAACAUGACAUUUUGGGGGCUUUCCACAAUUUUCAUUCAACUGGGAUGUUUGAAAAGAGCUAUAAUACAACCUGCAUAGCACUGAUUGCUAAAAAGAUAGGAGCAAAGGAACUCAAGGACUUCAGACCCAUCAGCUUUAUUGGAAGCUUCUAUAAGCUAAUGUCCAAGGAUUUGACCGAAAGGUUGAAGUGA